CCCCCGCCGCUCUCGGGGCUCUCGCGCUCGCAGCGGGGCCGUUCCGGUGCCGGUGCCGGUGCCGGGGCCCCCCCGGGCCGAGCUGUGGCCGGUUCCGGGCGCGGAGCGGGGCAGCGGCCACCCCCCGCCCGGAGCGCGGCCGGGGCGGGAGCAUGCGGAGCCUCCUCAUCCUCCUCUGCCUGCUGAGUGCCGCCGGGACCCGCGGGCAAGCGGUGCAGACGCGGUUCGUGGAGGAGCCGGAGGACCAGACGGUGGUGGCCGGGCAGAGGAUCGUCCUCUCCUGUGUGGUGCUCAACUACUCCGGGAUCGUGCAAUGGACCAAAGACGGCCUCGCCCUGGGCAUGGGGCAGGGGCUCAAAGCCUGGCCGCGUUACCGCAUCGUGGGCACGGCGGACUCGGGGCAGUACAACCUGGAGAUCAGCGAUGCCGAGCUCUCCGAUGACGCCGUGUACGAGUGCCAGGCCACCGAGGCGGCGCUGCGCUCCCGCCGCGCCAAGCUCACCGUGCUCAUCCCCCCCGAGGACCCCACCAUCGAUGGAGCCCCCGAGAUCCUGCUGCGCGCUGGGACACCGUACAACCUGACGUGCCGGGCCCGCAGCGCCAAGCCAGCGGCAACCAUCAUCUGGUACCGCGAUGGGCUCCAGCAGGAUGGAGCCAUCACCAGCACGGAAGUGUUGGCCGAUGGCAAGAGGGAGACAACCACCAGCCAACUGGCCAUCAACCCAACGGACCUGGACAUCGGGAGGGUGUUCUCCUGCCGCAGCACCAACGAUGCCAUCCCGGCGGGCAAGGAGACCUUCGUCAAGCUCAACGUUCACCACCCCCCGACCGUCACCCUGUCCAUCCAGCCCCAGACGGUGCAGGAGGGCGAGAGGGUCGUCUUCACCUGCAUGGCCACCGCCAACCCCGAGAUCAGAGGCUACAGGUGGGCCAAAGGGGGGGUGAUCAUCGAGGACGCCAAGGAGAACAAGUACGACACGCAGGUGGACUACACCUUCUUCACGGAGCCCGUCUCCUGCGAGGUGCACAACGACAUCGGCAGCACCAACGUCAGCACGCUGGUGGACGUGCACUUUGCGCCUCGGAUCGUGGUGGACCCCAAACCCACCAUCACGGACAUCGGCUCCGACGUGACGCUGACGUGCGUGUGGUCCGGCAACCCGCCGCUCACCCUCACCUGGACCAAAAAGGAGUCCAACAUGGUCCUGAGCAACAGCAACCAGUUGUACCUCAAGUCGGUCACUCAAGCUGACGCGGGGCAGUACAUCUGCAAAGCCAUCGUGCCCCGCAUCGGCGUCGGCGAGCGCGAGGUCACCCUCUAUGUCAACGGACCCCCCAUCAUCUCGAGUGAGGCCGUGCAGUACGCGGUGCGCGGGGACCGCGGCAAGGUGGAGUGCUUCAUCGGCAGCACGCCGCCACCAGACCGCAUCGCAUGGGCCUGGAAGGAGAACAUUCUGGAGGCAGGGACGCUGGAGCGGUACACGGUGGAGAGGACCAACACGGGCAGCGGGGUCCUCUCCACCCUCACCAUCAACAACGUCAUGGAUGCCGACUUCCAGACCCGCUACAACUGCACGGCCUGGAACAGCUUCGGGCCGGGAACAGCCAUCAUCCAACUGGAGGAGAAAGAGGUUUUGCCUGUGGGCAUCAUCGCCGGGGCCACCAUCGGGGCCAGCAUCCUCGUCAUCAGCUUCCUCGUGGCGCUCGCCUGCUUCCUCUACCGGCGCCGGAAAGGAAGCCGCAAGGACGUCACCCUGCGCAAGCUGGACAUCAAGGUGGAGACGGUGAACAGGGAGCCCCUGACGCUGCACACAGACCGUGAGGAGGACACGGCCAGUGUGUCCACGGCCACCCGCGUCAUGAAGGCCAUCUACUCGUCAUUCAAGGACGACGUGGACUUGAAGCAGGACCUUCGCUGUGACACCAUCGACACCCGCGAGGAGUACGAGCUCAAGGACCCCACCAACGGCUACUACAACGUGCGGGCGCACGAGGACCGCCCGUCCUCCCGCACCGUGCUCUACGCCGACUACCGGGCGCCGGGCACGGGCCGCUACGACACGCGCCCGCCCUCGCGCCUGUCGCACUCCAGCGGCUACGCACAGCUCAGCACCUACAGCCGCGGCCCCGCCGCCGACUACACCCCGGAGCCGGCCCCGGCGCCCGGCCCCGCGCCCGGCACGGCCGCCGGCGACACCGCGAGCCAGCUCUCCUAUGAGAACUACGGCGGCCACGCGGCGUUCCCCACUGGCACCGGGUACCCCACGUACCGCCUGGGCUAUGGGCAGCCCCCCAACCUGGAGCGGGCACCCUACGAUGCCUACGACCCCAUGGGCAAGUACGCCAGCGCCACGCGCUUCUCCUACACCUCCCAGCACUCGGACUACGGGCAGCGCUUCCAGCAGCGGAUGCAGACGCACGUCUGAGGGCGCGCAGGGGCUGGGAGGCGGCGCCGGAGCAGGGGCCAUGGGCAAAAGGGGGGUCCACAGGUACCUCACGACUGUCCCCUGAUAUUCAGGGGCUCAUCCUGACCCUCCUGCGGCUUCUCCUCCGGUGGCUGGACUCCACGUGUCACCCUGCCCCCGGGGACGUGCCCCGUGUCUCUUCGAGCUUCCACUCAUCCGGUUCUUUCUGUUUGGUACCUUCCCAAUGGAGGGAGAGGGUUGGGGGGCAUCAACCCAACCAACCCCCCCACCCCUCAGCCUCAGUGGGUGCGUGCGGGUCCACGCGGAUCCCCCCGGAUCCCCCCCCAAAGCUCUGUGGGGCUGGAUCCUUCCUCCAUGGGUCCCCUGAUCCAGCUCCUCUGCAGGAGCGAGGGGCUGCACAUGAGGUGCCCCCAGAGCCCCCAAUCCCAUCCCAUCCAUCCCAUCUCAUCCCAUCCAAACCCAUCCGUCCCAUCCCAUCCAAUCCCUCCCAUCCCAUCCCAUCCCAUCCAUCCCAUCUCAUCCCAUCCAAUCCCAUUCAUCCCAUCCCAUCCCUGUGAGGGAGCUGCUAUAUGUAUGUGCACACGUGGCUGUAGGUACAGACAUAUAGGCAACGCCAAAAAAAGCCCCGUCCCAACCGAUUCCCAUUCCCAUUCCCAUUCCCAUUCCCUGUGCCUUGAUUUUGGGGACAGCCCGCACCCAGGGCCGGCUUCCCCUUUCCCAUCCAUCCCACUGCCAGCCCCACACUCCCAUCAGGGGUCCCGGGGGUGCUGUAGAACCCCAUUGUCUGCACACUCAGAGCUGGGGAUGGGCAGUGGCCAGGUUCCACCUCGCUGGUGUCACCCUAAACCCACCCCAAGAACACCCCGUUGGUCCCGCUGGUGUGGGGAUGGGGGACCCCUCUUCUGAAUGUAUAUAAAGGUGUAAAUGGGGGUGUGAGCACCCCCCAGGCCACCAGCAAGGGUCGCUGCUCCACAAGCCCAUCCCUGGCACGCUCCCGAGGGUUUGGUGAUCCAAUGGAGCCAUGGACCAAGCCUGGUGGGAGCAGGGAGGCACCAGGGCGAUGGGGACCCCAAUAACCCCUGUGAGCUGGGGGGGGUGAUGAGCUUUGGAGGCACGGGAUGGGCUUUUGGGAUGGGGACCCCCAAACCUGGGCCCCUGCAGCCCCCUCCCUGGAUUAGGUACGAGCCCUGUCCCCAUCUGCUUCAUGGGGAUGUGCAUCAUGGUCCCCAUCCCACUGAGCACCCCUGGAUCCAGGUACGAUUCCAAGGGGCUGCCAGGGGGGUUUGGGAAGGGGGUGUUGGAUCCAGCACAUCUUGGGGAUCCCCUGAGCCCCCCUGCUCCUCCUCACCCCGCCACAAGGUACUGUCAGCACGGGCCAAGCCCUUAGCCCGCGCCCAGCCUGAGCCUCCGACUGCAGGACCACAUGCCAUUUCUUGCAAUGGUGCCUGAUUUACCCCCCCCCCCAACACCCCCAAACCCUCCCCUGCACCCCCCGGGGGGGGACAGCCCCGUUUCGGGAUGCUGCACCCCCACAUCGAUAGCAAUACCCCCGCAGCAGCACGGGACCAGCCACCCCGGGCGCCGCAAAGAGAAGCUGAAGCUUUAAAUCCAACCUCACCCGGGGUGGGGAAGGGACCCCCCCGGCCAUGGGUGAGCCCCCCACGCUCGGGGUGAGCCCCCCAACUCCAUGGGAGCACCCCAAAGCUCUGGGCGAGGGGCCCCUUCCUUAGCACAGGCUGGUUUAGACCCCCAGAGACACGUAUCUGUGAGCCCCCCCCUCAAAACCUCCCAUUUUUUUUUAUGUUUCCUUUUCCUUUUCUUUUGUUUUUAAAUAUUCUGUACUAUAUUUUUAGUCUUAAACACGAUAUAUUAUAUAUAUUUAAUUUUUUUAUAUAUAUAUAUAAAUAUAAAUGGUCCAAAAA